GCGGUGACGGGCGGAGCCCCGCGGCGGCGGCGGCUGCGUGAGGUGGGGGCGGGAGCGCGGCCCUGAGGGGAGCGGCGGCGGCGCCUCAAGCUCCGGCAGCUCCCCGAGCCUCUUCCCGGGAGGGGGAAAAAAAGGGGGGGGAAAAAAAAAAAAUAAAAAAAUAACAAUAAUAUAGCCGGGGAAGCAGAGAGCUCGCUGGGGGGGGGAGGCUGCCGGCGGCGGCACCAGCGGCACCAUGUCGGCGGGCGGCGACUUCGGGAACCCGCUGCGGAAAUUCAAGCUGGUCUUCCUGGGCGAGCAGAGCGUGGGGAAGACUUCCUUGAUCACCAGGUUCAUGUAUGACAGCUUUGACAACACCUACCAGGCAACAAUUGGCAUUGACUUCUUAUCGAAAACCAUGUAUUUGGAGGAUCGAACAAUCAGGUUGCAGCUGUGGGAUACUGCGGGUCAGGAACGUUUCCGUAGCCUCAUUCCCAGUUACAUCCGUGACUCUGCUGCUGCUGUAGUAGUUUACGAUAUCACAAAUGUAAACUCGUUCCAGCAAACAACAAAAUGGAUCGAUGAUGUCAGAACGGAAAGGGGCAGCGAUGUCAUCAUCAUGCUGGUGGGAAAUAAAACAGAUCUAGCAGAUAAGAGACAAGUGUCCAUUGAGGAAGGAGAAAGAAAAGCCAAAGAGCUGAAUGUAAUGUUCAUCGAAACUAGUGCAAAAGCAGGAUACAACGUAAAACAGCUUUUCCGACGCGUGGCAGCUGCCUUGCCUGGAAUGGAAAGCACACAAGACAAAAGUAGAGAAGACAUGAUUGACAUAAAACUGGAAAAGCCUCAAGAGCAGCCUGUCAGUGAAGGAGGCUGCUCCUGCUAAUACCACGUGGCUUCUACCUUUCUCCAGAACAUCACUGCUUCCCCUCCCUUUACUCUUCAUUGACUGCAGUGUGAAUAUUGGCUUGAACCUUCCCCUUUCAGUAAUAACGUAUUGCAGUUCAUCAUCGCUGGCUGUCUCGUGGAGAUGAUCUAUUAGCUUCACAAGCACACACACACACAAAGAAAAUGUCAGUGUCUUCAUUAUUUAUAAGAAAAAAAAAAAAAAGCCAAAAUAUUCCAGCGUAUUCUAGUUAUAACUUUAAAAAAAAAAAAAAAAAAAAAGAAUAGGUACAAUUUCUUAAUAUUUGUUCCUUUUUUAAUAUGUUAUGAUAUUGCACUUUGAAAUGAUGGAAACCGAGUAAGUUUUGAAUUGGACUUAGACGAGAAGUACGUGCAGAAGAAAUGCUUGCAAAUCUCACCCACUUGAUCUCUCUAACCACCUGGAGAUGGCUAGACAGCAGUCAGGAAUGCAAGCGGAGGUGGCGUAUGCCGAGGGUGAAAUGCUGUCCUUAAACAAUAAUAAAAGACGACGACAACUAAAACCAAGCUCUUAAUCUUUCGAGCAGAGAUAGUCCGAAUGGUUUUCAAACCCCAGAGCUUUUUCUGGGGGUUCGAUACCAGGACAGGCUACCGGGAUUUUUUUUUAGUUCUGGCCGAGGCAACGUGAGCACAUUUCCAAGGCGGCAUCCCGAGAAACGCAGAGGGGCUCCGGAUGGGGUAACUGGCUUCCGAAGGGUUUUCUGGGGGGGGGGAAAGGUGGAAGCGCGUUAGCGAAACACUUGCAGGAAACAAAGAAAACAAGCUUGGAGUGCAAGAUUGAGUUUUUAAGAGCAUUUUUUCCUUUUACGUAGAACAACAAUAAAGCAAAUGAUUGCUGCCCGAGAGAU